AUGAGUGAAGACAAUAAUGAUGACUAUUAUUUACACUUCAACCAGGAUGAAGAAUCUCUUCUAAGGUCAAGACAAAGCACAUCUUCAAGAGGUGCUCGUCGACAGAAUUCUUUGAUUAGGCCAGAGAGAAAUAGAUUUUAUGAUCCAACUAAUCCACAUUAUUUUUCAGUAAAAGCAACAGAACAUAAUGAACAUAUUACUGUCAAAGGUCCCUCUGGGAUUACCCGUGGUGCUUCUAUGCGGUCACAUCAUUCCACUAGAACUCAUAUUCCUGAUCAAUACCAUGACGAAGUAUAUCAAAUGCAUACAAUGCCAGCUAACCCAGAAACAACUGAUAGAAUUAAUGAUGAUGGAGACGUUAUAGAAACCCAAUCUAAAGAAUAUUCUGAUUCCAUUGAUGCCGGAGAUGAUGAAUAUAUGAUACCCAGCAUGCAACCAACAAAGUUGCAAAAGAGACCAGAGAAAUCAAGAUCAUUUUGGCAAAUAUACUGUUAUGUAAUCACAUUUUGGGCUCCUGGUCCAUUGAUUGCCCUAUGUGGUAUGCCUAAGAAGGAAAGACAGAUGGCUUGGAGAGAAAAAAUUGCCUUACUAUCAGUUAUUGUUUAUAUUGGUGCAUUUGUGGCUUAUUUAACUUUUGGGUUUACCAAGACUGUUUGUAGCACGUCUGACCCUCGUUUAAAAAAUAAUGAAAUUUCCACAGGUCUUGUCAUUAUUAACGGUAAAGCUUAUUCGUUAGAUUCAUCUUCGCAUCCAGCAGCUGCUGGUAUUGAUGCAGGUGCAAACAUUUUAUAUCCUCCUUAUAACGCUGGUGGUAUGGAUCUUUCCUUUAUGUUUCAAAACGUUAAUGGUAAUUGUCAUAAUUUGAUCAAACCAAGAGCUAAUGCUACUACUCCACAUGAUGACGAUGGUAAUAUGGCUUGGUAUUUCCCAUGUAAAAUGUAUGCCCAAGAUGGGUCAACAAAACCAAAUUUCACUGAAUCAGAAUAUUAUCCAGGUUGGGCUUGUCACACUUCUAAUGAGGCCAGAGAAGCUUAUUAUUCUUUAGAAUCCUUUGCAGAUGUAUAUUUUACUUGGGAUGAUAUUAAAAAUUCUUCCAGAAAUUUGGUCGUUUACAAUGGUCAUGUUUUAGAUCUAAAUUUAUUGGAUUGGUUAGAAACUGACCAAUUAACUUAUCCAAGCUUAUUUGAUGAAUUAAAAUCAUCUAAUCUACAAGGUUACGAUUUAUCUAUUAUAUUAUCAACUUCCCAUGAAAAGAAAACUGCAAGAUGUCUCUCGGAAAUUAUUAAGGUAGGUGAAAUAGAUUCCAAAUCAGUUGGUUGUAUUGCUUCUGAUGUUGUUUUAUAUGUUUCUUUAGCACUUAUUAUUGCUGUUGUUGUGGCAAAGUUUCUGAUUGCCUGUUACUUCCGUUGGGGUGUUGCUAAAAACCAAGGUGCUACUCAAGUUGAUAAUAAAACAAUGGAAAAACAAUUAAAUGCUAUUGAAGAUUGGUCUGAAAAUAUUAACUCACAAGGUCCAAUUAAACAAGUUGAUCCAUCAUUAAGACCUUCCAAAAGAACCACUGCCUACGGCCAUAAAAAGUCCGCCUCCAAAUUUGAUAUUUUGAAAAAACAAAGCUCUAAAAUGCUAAACUUGAAAGAAUCUAUUGUUGAUUUAGAGUCAGAUCAUAGUCUGUAUGGAAUUUCCUCAACUGGUGCCUACAACAAUAUGACUACCAUGACUUUGCAAAACUAUGCUAAGACUGAAAAGGCAAAUACGAAAACUAAAAUGGGGCAUGGUAGGAAUGCAUCCGCAUUAAUGCGUGGUUCUGUUAUGUGGUCAAAUAAUGCAUUUGGUGAUGCUCCUACUGAAAUUACUAAUAUAGCAUCUGUUGAAGUACAUCCAGAUGCAGUUCAGCAACCACCUGUUACUUUUAUGCCAUAUGGUUUCCCUUUAAUUCAUACUAUUUGUUUUGUAACUUGUUAUUCCGAAGAUGAGGAUGGUUUAAGAACUACUUUAGAUUCUUUAUCCACUACAGAUUAUCCAAAUUCUCAUAAAUUAAUUAUGGUGGUUUGUGAUGGUUUAAUUAAAGGUUCUGGUAAUGAUAAAACUACUCCUGAAAUUGCUCUGGAUAUGAUGGAAGAUUUUAUUAUUCCACCUGAUGAAGUUAAACCUUACUCAUAUGUAGCUGUUGCUGCGGGCUCCAAGAGACAUAACAUGGCUAAGAUCUAUGCUGGGUAUUAUAAAUAUAAUGAUGCCACGGUUCCUCCUGAGAAACAGCAAAGAGUCCCAGUUAUUACUAUUGUGAAAUCUGGUACUCCGGCAGAACAGGGGUCUGCUAAACCUGGUAACAGAGGUAAGCGUGAUUCUCAAGUAAUUUUGAUGUCUUUCUUACAAAAAAUGACAUUUGAUGAAAGAAUGACUGAAUUAGAAUUUCAAUUGUUAAGGAAUAUUUACAGUAUUACUGGUUUAAUGGCCGACUUCUAUGAGACAGUGUUAAUGGUGGAUGCAGAUACCAAAGUCUUCCCGGAUUCCCUUACACAUAUGGUUGCAGAAAUGGUGAAAGAUCCUUUAAUUAUGGGUCUUUGUGGUGAAACUAAAAUUGCAAAUAAGAGGCAAUCAUGGGUAACUGCUAUUCAAGUCUUUGAAUAUUAUAUUUCUCAUCAUCAAUCUAAAGCUUUUGAAAGUGUUUUCGGCAGUGUUACAUGUUUACCAGGUUGUUUCUCAAUAUAUCGUAUCAAGUCUCCAAAGGGUUUCGAUGGUUUCUGGGUUCCAGUUUUAGCAAAUCCAGACAUUGUGGAACGUUAUUCUGAUAACGUUACGGACACUUUGCAUAAGAAGAAUUUGUUACUAUUAGGUGAAGAUAGAUAUCUUUCUUCAUUAAUGUUAAAAACGUUCCCAAAAAGAAAACAGGUCUUCGUUCCAAAAGCGGCCUGUAAGACUAUUGCUCCUGAUGAGUUUAAAGUUUUACUAUCACAACGUCGUCGUUGGAUUAACUCUACCGUCCAUAACCUUUUCGAAUUAGUUUUAAUUAGGGAUUUAUGUGGUACUUUCUGUUUCUCAAUGCAAUUUGUUAUUAUGAUUGAAUUGAUUGGUACUUUAGUUCUACCUCUUGCCAUUUGUUUCACAAUUUACGUUAUUAUAUUUGCCAUUGUUUCUAAGCCAACACCUAUUUUAACUCUUAUCUUGUUAGGUUUAAUUUUAGGUUUACCUGGUUUAAUUGUUGUGAUCACAGCUACUAGAUGGUCUUAUUUGAUAUGGAUGUUCAUCUAUCUUGGAGCUUUACCCAUUUGGAAUUUUAUCUUACCUUCCUAUGCCUAUUGGAAAUUUGAUGAUUUCUCUUGGGGUGAUACAAGAACUAUUGCUGGUGGUAACAAAGCUGCCGGUGGGCAUGAUGAUGGAGAUGGUGAAUUUGACCAUUCUCGUAUUAAAAUGAGAACUUGGCGAGAAUUUGAAAGAGAAGAGAAGAUGUUCAAUAAAUCUUCAUCUCUUGAUGUAUUUUAA